UUAAGAGGAGGAGCCAUGAGGGACCCUGGAUGCUGUGGCCAGUGUGCUGGAGAAGAGAACUGGGUGGACAAUCGGACCAUCUACGUGGGACACAAGGAGCCUCCGCCUGGUGCUGAGGCCUACAUUCUGCAGAAGUACCCGGACAACAGGAUAGUCUCCUCCAAGUACACGUUUUGGAACUUCAUACCUAAGAACCUAUUUGAACAAUUCAGAAGAAUAGCCAACUUUUAUUUUCUCAUCAUAUUUCUGGUCCAGUUGAUUAUUGACACGCCCACGAGUCCCGUGACGAGUGGACUUCCACUGUUCUUUGUCAUUACCGUCACAGCUGUCAAACAGGGCUAUGAAGACUGGCUUCGCCACAAAGCGGACAACGCCAUGAACCAGUGCCCCGUGCACUUCAUCCAGCACGGCAAGCUGGUGCGGAAGCAGAGCCGGAAGCUGCGGGUCGGGGACAUCGUCGUGGUCAAGGAGGACGACACCUUCCCCUGUGACCUGAUCUUCCUCUCCAGCAGCCGCGGAGACGGGACCUGCCACGUGACAACCGCCAGCCUGGAUGGAGAAUCGAGUCACAAAACUCAUUAUGCCGUUCAAGACACAAAGGGGUUCCACACUGAAGAAGACAUUGACCGCCUCCACGCGACCAUCGAGUGUGAGCAGCCCCAGCCCGACCUCUACAAGUUUGUGGGCCGCAUAAAAGUUUACCACGAACAGAAUGACUCUGUGGUGAGGCCAUUAGGAUCAGAAAACCUGCUGCUUAGAGGGGCCACGCUGAAGAACACCGAGAAGAUCUUUGGUGUCGCGAUUUACACGGGCAUGGAAACCAAGAUGGCGUUAAAUUACCAGUCAACAUCCCAGAAGCGAUCUGCUGUGGAGAAAUCAAUGAAUGCCUUCCUCAUCGUGUACCUCUGUAUUCUCAUCAGCAAAGCGCUGAUAAAUACCGUCCUGAAGUACGUCUGGCAGAGUGAGCCGUUCCGAGAUGAGCCGUGGUAUAACCAGAAAACCGAAUCGGAAAGACAGAGGAACCUGUUCCUCAGGGCCUUCACGGACUUCCUGGCCUUCAUGGUCCUCUUCAACUACAUCAUCCCGGUGUCCAUGUACGUCACGGUGGAGCUGCAGAAGUUCCUGGGCUCCUACUUCAUCACCUGGGACGAGGAGAUGUGUGACGAGGAGUCGGGGGAGGGGCCUGUGGUUAACACCUCGGAUUUAAACGAGGAGCUCGGACAGGUGGAGUACGUCUUCACGGACAAGACGGGCACGCUCACGGAGAACAACAUGGAGUUCAAGGAGUGCUGCAUCGAGGGCCAGGUCUACGUGCCCCACGCCAUCUGCAACGGGCAGGUCCUCCCCGAGGCCUCCGGCAUCGACAUGAUCGACUCUUCCCCGGGCGUCAGCGGCAGGGAGCGAGAAGAGCUGUUUUUCCGGGCCAUCUGUCUGUGCCACACCAUCCAGGUGAAGGACGAUGAUGACGUGGACGGCCCCAGGAAGUCACCGGACUCGGCAAAGUCCUGUGUGUACAUAUCGUCCUCGCCUGACGAGGUGGCCCUGGUCGAAGGUGUCCAGAGACUGGGGUUUACGUACCUGAGGCUGAAGGACAAUUACAUGGAGAUAUUAAACAGGGACACCGUUGAAAGGUUUGAAUUGCUGGAGAUUUUGAGUUUUGACUCAGUAAGGAGGAGAAUGAGUGUAAUUGUAAAAUCUGCUACAGGAGAAAUUUACCUGUUUUGCAAAGGAGCAGAUUCUUCGGUAUUCCCCCGAGUGAUAGAGGGCAAAGUGGACCAGAUCCGGGACAGAGUGGAGCACAACGCCGUGGAGGGCCUUCGGACUCUGUGUGUUGCCUACAAGAGACUUGUCCAGGAGGAGUAUGAAGCCAUCUGUACGCUGCUGCAGGCCGCCAAACUGGCGCUGCAGGACCGAGAGAAGAAGCUAGCAGAAGCCUACGAACAGAUCGAGAAAGACCUCAUUCUGCUUGGUGCCACCGCCGUUGAGGAUCGGCUCCAGGAGAAGGCUGCCGACACCAUCGAAGCGCUGCAGAAGGCCGGCAUCAAGGUCUGGGUGCUCACGGGAGACAAGAUGGAGACGGCAGCGGCCACCUGCUACGCCUGCAAGCUCUUCCGCAGAAACACGCAGCUGCUGGAGCUGACCACCAAGAAGCUUGAGGAGCAGAGCUUGCACGACGUUCUGUUCGAGCUGAGUAAGACGGUACUGCGCUGCCACGGGAGCUUAACCAGGGACAACUUCUCGGGCCUUUCAACAGAUAUGCACGACUACGGUUUAAUUAUUGAUGGAGCUGCGCUGUCUUUAAUAAUGAAACCCCAGGAAGAUGGAAGCUCCAGCAACUACCGAGAACUCUUUCUUGAAAUCUGCCGGAACUGCAGUGCGGUUCUCUGCUGCCGGAUGGCGCCUCUGCAGAAGGCUCAGAUUGUUAAAUUAAUCAAACUUUCAAAAGAGCACCCUAUUACCUUAGCGAUUGGUGACGGCGCGAACGACGUCAGCAUGAUCCUGGAGGCCCACGUGGGCAUCGGCGUCAUCGGAAAGGAAGGUCGUCAGGCUGCCAGGAACAGUGACUAUGCAAUCCUGAAAUUCAAGCACUUGAAGAAGAUGCUGCUUGUUCACGGGCAUUUCUAUUACAUCAGGAUCUCUGAGCUGGUGCAAUACUUCUUUUAUAAGAAUGUCUGCUUCAUUUUCCCUCAGUUUUUAUACCAGUUCUUCUGUGGGUUUUCACAACAGACUCUGUACGACACGGCCUACCUGACCCUGUACAACAUCAGCUUCACUUCCCUCCCCAUCCUUGUGUACAGCCUGAUGGAGCAGCACGUCGGCGCAGAGGCCCUCAAGAGGGAGCCCUCCCUCUACAGAGAUGUCGCCAAGAACGCGCUGCUCCGCUGGCGGGUGUUCAUCUACUGGACCUUGCUGGGCGUGUUCGACGCUCUGGUAUUUUUCUUUGGUGCUUACUUCAUGUUUGAAAAUACUACAGUGACCAGCAACGGACAGGUAUUUGGGAACUGGACCUUCGGGACGCUGGUGUUCACAGUGAUGAUGUUUACGGUCACACUGAAGCUGGCGCUGGACACGCACUACUGGACGUGGAUAAACCACUUCGUCCUCUGGGGGUCCCUGCUCUUCUAUGUUGUUUUCUCCCUCCUCUGGGGAGGGAUUAUCUGGCCGUUCCUCAAUUAUCAAAGGAUGUACUACGUGUUCAUACAGAUGUUGUCCAGCGGCCCUGCCUGGCUGGCCAUCGUCCUGCUCAUCACCGUCAGCCUCCUCCCCGAUGUUCUCAAGAAGGUCCUGUGCCGGCAGCUGUGGCCCAGCGCCACCGAGAGGGUCCAGAACAUGUGCGUGUGGCGUCAGGACCACCUCCCAGAACUCACCCCCUUGCCUCUCUGCAGAGCUCAGCCCCUCGGCCACUGGCCGGGCUCCCACUCCAAUCUGGUGACACUGACGUGCUGGGAGAGCAGGGAGUGCUCAGUUCCCCCCCCAUGGCUGCUCUCUCCAAUGCCAUCGCCGUCCCAGCCAGGGACCCUGCUGCCGUGGCCCGAGGGGGCUGGCCGAUGGACGCUCACCAGUUCAAGCCUUUAAGAACCACACACGUGCGUGCGUUGUGCACAUGAGUGCUGUCCCCUGCCCCCAGGGAGGGAGGAGGGGUGAGGGGACCUAUGGCAGCGUGGGCUGGCAGUAGGACCACGCCAAGUAGUGGUUCUGGCAGGGCUGGUGGCCUCGCACGUUUUCCUGCGGGCAUUUAGCUGGGCGGGGAGAAAGGACCGGUGCAAUCCUGGGACGUCUGUCCGAGUGCACAGCGGUCCUCUGUGCCCGUGUUGGGGUCUUGUGUCCACGCUCUAUCGUCCCCGCUACGGCCGUCACCCGAGAAGGACGUCUGCAGGUGGUCACAGCACCCACCGUCGUUUGAAGCACAGAUGUGACCCACCCUUGGUGGGACAAACGGGCCCUGCCUCUGCGUCCCUCUCUCCUCCGACGCUGCUGCUGGCACUGGCCGGACCAGACGCCGGCCCUCAUGUGUCCACAUCCUGCUCGUGUCACAGACCGCACCGCUUCUUCUGUUCAGAGCCCCGCGCAGAGCCUGGCCAAGCCCCAGGCUGGGGUCUGACUGGAGUCCUGUCCCUGCCGAGGUGUCGCCUGUGUGUGCCGGGGUGUUGCCGAGUGUUCCCAGGCCUCCCUUCCUGUCCCCACCGUGUCGGUGGAGGGAGGCGGGUUCCCACGUGUGGAGCGGGCAGUCUGUCCAUGGAAGCGUUCCUGGGACGGGCUCUGACCCCGCCUCCGAGGAUGAGCUCCCUGCUGUGAGCAAGUGGUGACUGCACGGGUUUGGGGCAGGGGCUGAGGGUGCCAGGGCAGACGUCUGCUGUGACGGUCACUCCCUUUCGGGAUCCUCCUUGAGAGGCGGCCUCCAGCGGCGGUGCUCAUCUUCCAGAAUCUCUCUCAGGCCCACGUGGGUCUGGAAGGAGCUGGGCCGAGGUUCCGUGAGCAGUAGCGUCGGCCGUGCUUGCGGCCCCGGCCCGCCUCGUGCUGAGCUUCCUGUUGGUCUCCGCUUGGCCACUCUUUCCGGCGUGGGUACACCAGUGUGCGGCUGCUGUGUCCUGAGCUCCUGUCCCUUCUCUGUGCCGGUGUUUCUGUGGAAGCCACCUCUCUGACGUAGCCUUAACGGUCCUUCAAGAAGACAUUUCAGUUUGAGAUUCACGUUACAACCGAUGCCUUUCUGGAAGAGCGUCGCCCGGAAGCUAGCGGAGAAGCAGGCACAGGCCUGCUCCUCUGGGGCACCGUGAGCGCGCACCGCGGCUGCUUCACACGUCUUCGUGCUGGUAUUUGGGAAGUUCAGGUUCCACAAUUUGAUCAUAUAAUGUUUCCCCUAUAAAAUGUUGGUUUGAACUAGAGGAUGAAUUGACAGCAGGAACCGUGAGCACGGAGUAGCUGGGAUAAAUUAGGGUGAAGCAUAAACACCAAACCAAAGACCAGGGGAAGGAAGGCCUGGCUGAGUCAGACGGAGACCCGGAGGAAGCCGUGUCCGUCCCGAGGGUCCUCCUCUCCCGCCCGCCCAUCCCCGCCCUGUCCUCCUGUCACUCACGUCCCAUGUUCUGUGUGGUGGCCGCCCUUGGCCAUCCCUGCAAACAGCAGCACGUGCGUUUUUACAGCCGUUUUUAAGAACCUACUCUGGGUAUAAACGUGAUCCCCAUCGGGGCGGGUUCUCUGUGUCUUUAGUUAACAAAUUCUUUGUAAUGUAUUUUUUUAGAAAUCUUAAAAUUGCCUUUGCACUGAAGUAUUUUCAUAGCUGUUUAUAUCUCUUUUAUUCGUUUAUUUGUUAACAUACCAUAUCUGAUUUUUAAAGUAUGUUUUUAAAGCUUUUAUUUUUUACGUUGAUGAAAUUUUGGCCACUUUAUAUUUAAAUUCUGGUGAGAGUUUUGGCUGAAUGUCUCAAUAUCUGAUGAGUGUGAGCUUUCAGAUUUGAUCUUACUCUCUGCGCCUGUUCGCUUGGUGUUUCUGGGGCAGCGAUUAGCCGAAAGGCGCGUUUACGGCACGGUAAUUUGCUAUGCAUAUUCUUCACCGAUCGUUGCUAUUUCGUCUGCUUUUUGUUUUGUUUUUGAUUUCCAUCCUUUGGCCUUAAAAUAGAAGCUUCUUGCUUGGUGGUUCAGUGUCCUCUUCCCACCUGUUUAGAGACGGUUACCAUUUACCUCUGAGAAUUCAGUCCAUUGUGAAAGUCACUAAACCCUUCCACGCUCCAAAACGUCUUCUAAAAAAACUGUUCGGGAAAUUAAGUGACUGUGCUUGAUAAUUUGAAAUAAACACGGGGCGUGAGAUAGAAAAUAAAAUGAGGGACAAAGAACCCCCUGAAAUGACGUUUCAGGUGUGACCUAAUGCGACCUUUCACCUCACAGUAGUUAGUAUUUAUUUAACUAAACUUAAAGCAAAGAACGUCAACUUUAAGCGUUUUUCUUAGCUUUGAGAAUCUUAUUUGUGACGCAGGUGGUGACGAAUUAACUCGUAACUCCCCACCCCGGUCCGAACAUUUGGUUCCUGCCCCUCCUCCGUGCCCACAGCCGCAGGGCAUCCGUGAAGCACCAGGGGUCCCAGCCACGUCCCGUUCUCCUGCUUUCAGCCCCGUGGCCACUCACAGCCACAUGCGGGCACGUGUGCCAGCUCACAUGCACACCCACGCACAGCGUGCACACAUGCACGUUCCCUGGGCCCCAAGCACCCUGCCUCCUCUCUCAGGGGACACUGGGAGGAAAGUCCCGCAAGAUGGGGCCCUUGGCCCUGCAUGGCACGCGCCCUGGUGGUACUCGGGAGACUUUGCAGGCAGCCCCAGGUUUGCGUUGGGGCUGCUGAGUGAGCCAGGCUGCGGUGCCCUGGCCUGAGCACCUGCUUUUCAGGAGGCCCAGCCCCCGACUGACACCUCCCGCAGCUCCACCCUCAGGACAGGUGGCCAAAAGCAGCAGCUGGCCUCCGAAUGCGUCCAGGAUCGGGCGGGCCCUCUGCCUGGCAGCUCGAAGAAGCCGUCCUUCUCUUGGCAACUCCUGUUAGAACUCAGACAACCCAUUCCUGGGCAUUUGACUCGACAGGGUGAACACAGACUGACACCCAGAAGGGCGUAUCCCUGCGAGCCCCUGGGGGUGGCGGCCUGCGCUCGGGAGGCCCCAAAGGAGCAGCUUCUGCAGGGACCGGGUCAGAGACCCACAGGCUGGCCUGGAGAGAUUCUGCAGCUUUACUGAAACAUGUCAUGUAUGCUGUUAUAACUAUUCUCAACUUGUUGGGCGUCAGCCAAAUGUCCAGUGCAGCCUAAAGGGAGUUUUCCGGCCUUUUUCUUUAAAACCACUAAGUUCAUCUGUUUUGCACUGACUAGAAAUAACCUCAUGUAACCACUUCUACUUUAUCUCAAAAUUAAUAUGAUUUAUUUGACAACUCAAUAUAACAGCUUGGUAUGCAGUUUCUUGCGUUCCACAUUUCUUUGGAAGGUUCCCAUCCGUAACUUUAAAAACAGGAAAAAUGUGAGUUGGCAAUUGCAUUCUUUUUUUCUUUUUUAAGCUAGCGAGUAGGUGAAUUGGGGAUAAGAAUCAUUCUGAUAUUGUAUAUAAACAAAGCUUUAAUGAAGAUGCAUUGGAAGUAUUAUUAAAGUGUGAUUCUACUUUUGCAGAAAAAAAUCUAAAGAUCAGUUUAUAUAGCUUUAUUUUUUACCUUAUCAAAAUAUACAGAAUUUUAAUACACGUAUAUUAUCUCUGACCUAGAAGUAUAACGUGUCUGCAUUGCCGUUUAAAAUGUCCAUUCAUUAUGUGAUGUGAUGAAGCAGAAUCUUCAAAAGUGUGUUUAACAUGACGGUAUCUAUAGUCAUUGUCAUCAUAAAUACUGGAGUUUAUUUUUUAAAUUAUUGAAUAUCAUAGGUGAAUUUAAGAUCAUAAAUCAGCCUCUAAACAAUGUUUAAUUGAUAAUAAUUCAUUAACCUGCUUUGAAAUAUUAAAUUGUGAGUUAAACCAAAUCUUACGUUUCUGUAAAGUUUAUUUUGUAUGCGUUUUUUAACUUUUAUUUCUGUAGGUAAAUGACUCAAUAUUAGUUAUAUUGGACUUUUCUGCAGAUUAUCUAAGCAGGGGAUUUGAAUCUGCUUGCAAUAAAGAAGAAAAAAUGU